UUAUAUUAUUAACAACCUUUCUGAUGAUACUUUGACUUGAAAGUUGUGUGUAAAAGGAACUUUGACUUGAACUAGGCCUACGAAACGCUUUCGAAGCUGCUGGUUUAGAGGAAAACCCCUGCAGGAGUGACCUCUGUGUGUCCAGGCCGCAGAGCAUGUGUCACAUGUGCUUCAAAAUACCUCAAGUGUCCUUAUAAGCCAGGAAUAUCACCAGCCAAGUGGUGGAGGGGCUGUUCAGGGGGGGAUGACUGGGUUACACUUGCAAGCCAAAUAGGGCAAGAACUCAGCGAGCAUGUGGUGUGUAAGAUGAAGCUACAAGGUGAUCCUUUCCCAGAAUAAACCCAAGAGCGCCUCCUCCGUUUGGCGGUAUAAGAGCGGCGAGUCCGUGGGAACCGUUUGGCUCAAGACACCUUCGCCAGGACAAUAACAUACAGUUUAGGCGCCAGUAUCCUGAGCUGCACUGAUCUUUGCCUCUUGGGCGAUUUAAACGAAGAUGGUCUUUAUCGGUUUGAGCCCAAGAUAUCCCAAAAGGAAUAUACCUCGCCCUCUUUUGUCUUUACACCCGAAGCCACGUAGAGAGAAACACUAUCCUUCAAGGAGUUUCCAUCUAAAUGGUAGCGACCUAAGGGGCUGAAGGUCACCUUUGCUUUCCUUCUGAUCAUGUGGGGGACCGUUAUGUCAGCUCCCCUUGCUGGUGGGAUGUACUCACUGCAGCACACACUCUGGAAUCUGCACAUGCUCCAUGGGGACAAUCUGAGCCAGCUCCUCCAGACUCUGCACAUAGCGGAUCUUAUCCAGGAACUUCACACUGCAGUCAGAGAGGAGCAGGGGCAACAUAAGUGAAUUUGCUGGCCUUCCAUUGCACAUGGCAACUGUGCCCUUGAACUCAACACUAGACUCAGUAUUGUGGCAGAUGAUGGGGGAUAAGUUGAAGAACAUGAUGGGUGGAGGAGGGGAGGACUCGGGGGCGUCCGGAGGGGACGGAAAAGAGACGGCCGAGUCUAAAGGAAUGACCCGAGAGGAGUUCGAGGAGUACCAGAGACAACUGGUGGAGGAGAAGAUUCAGAGGGACAAGGAGUUCGCUACGAGGAAGGCAGAAAGGGCUAAUCUGAGAGUGCUGCUAAGAGACAAAUACAGACUUCCACAGAGCGCACAAGAUGAUGCCACUGUCCAGAUGGCAGGAGACGACAUCGACGUGCCUGAGGAGCUGGCCAAGAUGGUGGAUGAGGACGAGGAGCAAGAGGAGAAUAAUGACUCCUUCAUGGCCAAACUCCAAAACAUGGAUGUGGACUUUGAGACGAUCAAAACCAAAGCUCAGACCACCAUGACAGAGGUGAAGCAAGCAGCUGAAGAGAAAUGUGUCCUGAUGUGAAAGUAGCCACUGCUGACCCUCUGAAUUGGCAAGCUGAUAGAGUCUAAUGAAGAAUCAGCAGCAAUUAGCAUGCAUUAGGUUCUCUGUCCUUAGACUUGCGCUUCUUAACUGCUUGUAACUUUUCGCAUCAGUUGAAUUGCACAAAUUACAAUGUAUUUACAGUUGUGAGGUUCAACUGGAACUGAAGUUUUUUAUGUUUGCAUAGAAAAAUAUGC